UGCAUUUCUUUUCAACAACACACACAAACCCAAUUUCACUGUGUUUCUAGUAGUGCUGCAACUGUUUAAUCCAUGGCUUUUUCUUCAUUUUUCAAGCCUAUUGUAACUUCUUGUCUCCUUAUUUUCCUUUUGGCCAUAGGACUCACCAUUGCCAAUGCUCAACUUUCAACAAACUUCUACUCCAAAUCUUGCCCUAACCUCUUUUCUGCUGUGAAACCUGUUGUUCAAUCUGCCAUUAAUAACGAAAAACGAAUGGGUGCAUCCCUCGUUCGCUUGUUCUUCCAUGAUUGCUUUGUUAAUGGAUGUGAUGGUUCAGUUCUACUUGACGACACAUCUUCUUUCACCGGAGAGAAAACUGCAAAUCCAAACAGGAAUUCAGCUAGAGGAUUUGAUGUGAUAGACAACAUAAAAUCUGCAGUUGAGAAAGCUUGUCCUGGAGUGGUCUCAUGUGCUGAUAUUGUAGCCAUUGCUGCUAGAGACUCUGCUGUCAUUCUUGGAGGUCCAAGUUGGGAUGUUAAACUUGGAAGAAGAGAUGCUAGAACUACAAGCCUUUCUGCUGCCAAUAAUGGCAUUCCUCCUCCAACUUCAAACCUCAACCAACUCAUCUCAAGAUUCAGUGCUCUUGGCCUUUCAACCAGAGACCUGGUUGCUUUAACUGGAUCCCACACAAUUGGACAAGCAAGGUGCACAUCAUUUAGGACACGAAUAUACAAUGAGACCAACAUAGAUAGUUCCUUUGCUCGGACAAGGAGGUCAAACUGCCCAAGCACAAGUGGGACAGGGGACAACAACUUGGCACCACUUGAUUUGCAGACUCCUACAUCUUUUGACAACAACUACUUCAAGAACUUACUUAACCAGAGGGGCCUCCUCCAUUCUGAUCAGCAAUUGUUCAAUGGUGGAUCCACUGAUUCAAUAGUUCGCACCUACAGCAAUGGCCAAAGCACCUUCUUCUCUGAUUUUGUUGCUGGCAUGAUCAAGAUGGGAGAUAUCAGCCCACUUACUGGAUCACAAGGAGAGAUCAGAAAGAACUGUAGGAGGGCGAAUUAAUAAAGAAUUGUGGGUCUUGGUUCUUAUCUUUGGAUUAAGAGUUAAAGAAUAAAUUAGAUUGUCCGCGAGUUUUGACUGCGUGUGCAUUUAAGAAUUUAGGUUAUGUUUGUGAUUUUUCAUUAUAAAAAGUAGGUGUUCCUAUCUUUCAAGAA